AUGGUGCAAGCUGCUGACCUGCCACCAUCACCUAUUGUGGAAACCUAUCCCGCCAACGAUCGGAUCAACCGGACCUGGGAGUUCCUGAUUGCGCCUUAUUUCGUGGCGGCAAACAUUACCGGAACGACGCAGGUCGGACGUUUGCCAAGCACGGAUAUCGACGUCGGCACUGACGAUAUUCUCGAAAAUCUGCGAUUUGGUGCAAUGGUUCGCGCCGAAGCGCUUUAUCAGCAGAAAUUCGGCGCGAUGCUGGACGUUGCCUACAUGGGGCUUGGUGCGUCGGCGGAUUCGCGCGUUGGCGGCGGACGGAUCAGCGUCGGGGUUGACCAGCUCAUCGUCGAAGGCAUGCUGUUCUAUCGCGUCCACAACUCUCCUCAGACUUCGGUCGACCUCUAUGCCGGGGGGCGCUAUUGGGACAUCAACCUCGACCUGAACGCCAACGGAACAUUUGCCGGCAGUUUCGACAUCUCAAGAGGCGACGACUGGAUCGACCCGGUCAUCGGCAUACGCGCUAUCCAUCAGUUCAAUGACAAAUGGUCUGCGAAUGCCAGGGGUGAUAUCGGCGGUUUUGGUGUUGCUUCCGACUUCUCCUGGAACGUUCAGGCAGGUGUCGGCUACCACUUCAACCAGACCUGGUCGGCCCACCUGCAGUACAAGGCGCUGAGCGUCGACUACGACAACGACAAAUCCGGCACGAACAGGUUCGCAUACGAUACCAUCACGCACGGGCCGCUGCUCGGUGUCGCCGCCCGCUUUUAG